AAGUUCAUGUUGAUAAAGUCAGGCAGUUUCUAAAACAUAUAAACGUUGCGAAAUCUACUGGUCUGGACAAUCUUCCGGGUAAACUACUAAAAGUUGCAGCCGAUAUUUUAGCACCUUCCUUAACCAAACUAUUCAACAAAUCACUAUCCACGGGCAUCUAUCCUAGUGAUUGGAAAUUGGUCAGGGUUGUUCCUAUAUUUAAAAAUGGUGACAAAUCAGAUUUGAAUAAUUAUCGUCCAAUCUCCAUAAUCUCAAGUGUUGCAAAAGUUUUCGAAAAAAUCGUAUAUGAUCAAUUUUACGAGUACUUGUCAGCGAAUGAUCUAUUCUCGCAUCAACAAUCGUCAUUUCGACCUACUUACAGCACUGUAACGGCUCUACUCGAAUCGACAAAUGACUGGUGCGUAAAUAUCGAUAAUGGUCUGGUAAAUGGAGUUAUUUUCAUUGACCUAAAAAAGGCCUUUGAUACUAUUGAUCACGAAAUUCUCAUAAAUAAACUUGAAUGCUAUGGAGUUAACUGAUUGCAGUGCUCUAGGCUGGUUUAAAUCUUAUCUGUCUGAUCGUAAGCAAAGGUGCUUCGUGAAUGAUACACUAUAUACUUAUGGUGUUCCGCAAGGGUCAAUAAUUGGACCUCUCUUGUUUCUGGUCUAUAUUAAUGAUGUGCCAAAUUGUAUGAAUGACGGUUUAGCAAGAAUGUAUGCCGAUGAUACUAACAUAACUUUUCAUAGCCAUGAUCUUUCUGAGUUGGAAGACGCAAUGAAUGCGGAAUUGAUCAAUCAAACUACCUGGCUACAAUCCAAUAAAUUAAGUCUUAAUAUUGCAAAAACCAAACUUAUGGUCAUUGGCUCCCGUCAGAGACUUGCAACCUUCAGUGAAACCAACGAUUUAAAUGUCUUUGUAGACAACGAAAAGAUAAAAAAAGUUCAAUCUACAAAGUCGUUAGGUCUAACAAUCGACGAGCACUUAACUUGGAAAAACCAUAUCAAUAAUAUUACCAAAAAAAUUUCGUCCGGUAUUAGUGCUCUUAAGCGAUUAAGACCUUUCAUCAAUAAAGAAACGGUUGUGAAGGCAUACAGGGGCCUGGUCGAGCCCUAUUUUACUUAUUGCUCUCCAGUUUGGGAUGGUAUUGGUUUAAAACUGGGUGAGAAACUACAAAAGCUGCAAAAUCGUGCGGCUAUAGGGUAAUGACCGCAGGUCCUCGUAUGAGGUUUCGUCAGCAUCCCUACUUUCUGAGUUGGGAUGGAGUGUUUUGGCAAAAAAUCGCAUGAAGCAAAAAGCUAUCCUAAUGUACAAAGUUAAUAAUAAUUGUGCUCCUCAAUACUUGCAGCAGCUAUUUACACCCAAAGUGAGCAAUCAUGAUCUGAGAAAUUCUCUAAAUAAAUUGUCUGUUCCAAAACCUCGAACAGACUAUUUAAAACGUUUUUUUAGCUACAGUGGUGCUUCGCUGUGGAACAGCUUGUCAGAACAGCUCAGAUCAGCCCCUUCUCUCAAUUCAUUCAAAGUCGAAUUGACUAAUUUCCUAUAGUAUACUGAGUAUAAAAAUUAUGGACUCUUGCACGGCAAUCAUGUAAAACAGUAAUUAUUAUUUUUAUCUUUUGACUAACAUUGUAUAUAUUUAAAUUUGUGUAUUUUAUUCUUGCACUGAUGAUACUUCCGUGUUGAAAUAAAGUGUAUGUAUGUGUAUGUAUGUAGAAGGUCUACAGUCUUGGACGAAUUGUCUGUAAUGAGAAUUCAAAAGAAUUAUUGACUAUUACAUAUAUUGGUCAUAUUGCUUAUACACGGGAUGUUCAUUGACGCCCCCUUCUCCCAAGUUUAUAGUGUUGGUUCUUUAGACGGAGGAACAAAUAAGGCUAUCUGAAUAUUGUAUAUCAAUGAUGUAUAUUACAGGUUAAUUGUAUAAUGAUUUUUAAUAAAGCUUAUUCUGUAUGAUUUAUAAAGCUUGAAGGAGAACAUUUGCUUCACCACAACAUGGACCAUAAGGAACUAAAAAGACUCUUCGGAACAACUGUUUUGAGCGAAGGUAUAUUUUUUUAAAAGUAUAACAAUAAUAAUAAUAACGAAUGUUUAUACAGGAUGGAGAACAGCUGUUAUCAAUGUAAUAUCAUAAUCUGGGAUCGGUUGUUCGAAAGCUGGUCGCGGGCUUGACCGUUGAAGCAAACCUCCCUAUAAUACGCGGCUUGAUUAUCAACUUGGAAAAUAAUGAUCCAAAAAUCUUGGCUCCAUCAAUAAAUUUUCACUUUUCACGUUUUCAAAUGAACAGACCUGCAGGAAAACACAAACCAAAACAGCGAGUUAGAUUUUGGUCUAGGGUUAGCGCUAAUCGAAGUCUGAACAACCAAUUAGGGGCAAUGGAUUAUUGUUCAGAACUUCUAAAAACUCUCCAAACAUGAAUUACAGAAAUUGCGCUGUGAUAAUGUUGCAUAACGAUUCACCCAUUCUCCCAUUGUCAGCAACCAUUUGAACACAAUUUACCUGGGUACCGGUAUCUCUCACACACGAAAGUACUUUGCAUGGGCAGGCGGUUGUACUGUAUAUGAAUUGUUCUACAUUUUGUAGUUCCAGAAUACGAGAUUACCCAUCCAUUUCUGUCCAACGAGAAAGGAGAAUUAAGAUCAGAUGAACCAGCAAAAUUCCAGACAGAUCUUAACAUCCGGCAGCGAAGAACCAUUCCUGAUGAAGAGACUGGAACGCGAUAUUAUAGCUUAAAGGCGUUUGGUUCAAAACUGCACCUAAAUCUAACGCGAAGUAAGGUUUUGGGUUCAAGGUUUGUGGUGGAAAACAGACACGAGAACGGAAGUAGAAUAAUUACUACUCCAGAGAUCGAUGAUCAUUUUGUUGGUAAUGUUGUUUCUCAUCCCGGAUCAAUUAUUUCAAUCAGCGCUGGAAAAGGAUUGGUAUGCAAUAUACUUAUUACUUUAUUCAUACUAAAAUAUAUGGAGGUCCAAUAAGGGCACACUGCUCUUGUAUUACUACAGGGGGAACUGGAAUAUAAUUAAUAAUAAUAAUUUAAUAAUUUAUAAAGCGCUUUUUACAUGUAAUGAUCAAAAGCACUCGAGGAAAUCUGCGGUGUUCGGUAGAGUCACUGUGUAUUAAUUUUACAGGCGAAAGAAGCGAAUUCCUUGGAAACAAUCGUCUGCACUCGUUUUUUUAACACUUUUUUGUAUCCGCAACAAAUUUUUCCAUUCCACAUUUUUACUCUCGAUAUUUACUUUUUUUCUUCGUUCUCUAUCCAUUUCAUACAGGUACAGUAUGUUUGUCAUUACUGUGAAAGACAUGAGUCGCCUUGUUAAUCCAUUUAUUUCCAGGGUUUUUUGUUGCCACGUUUACUGUGAGUCCGUGUAAGAAAUUAACUUUGCAAUAAUUCGUUUUGUGGAAGCUCUCAUUUUGUUAACCCUUUUUCUGUUAAUAAUGACAAUAUGUAGAACAUUAAAUUUAGUGUAAUAUCUUAUUUUUAUUUCUACAGACAGGAAUGAUAAAACUUCCCCAUGAAACAUUUUAUCUGCAACCUCUGUCCGACAAUCUCGCUCAAGAAUACAAACGCUCUGUAUCAUCAUAUCCGCAUGUUGUAGUGAAGGCAAGCAGUGAUAAGAAGAAUUUACCAUGCGAUGUCGAAGGUAUCAUUUUUAAAAGACUUGUGUGGAUUUAAUUUAUAUCAAUAAUGGUCUUAUUUUGUAAAUGGAAUGACUUAAAUUAUAUGGUGUAAUUAAGUUUCGUAGCAACGAAUGAUAUAUGCGUUAUAGUAACCAAUAAAAACGGAGACAUCUCUUUUGUAACGAUAUAUGCUUUAUACUCCGGCUUUCCUAAUUACCUUAUUUUUGAGAUACUCUCAGAGUGAUAUUUCUUGUUCCAUUAUAAAAUUCUUAACUCAUUCCUCUCUUUUAUUAUAUUCAUUUUGAAUCAGUUCAUUUUGAAUCAGUGGUGUUUCCUGCAAUCUGAUUGGCUAUUAGCGAUUUCAGCACGAAUCGCGCUCUGGGGAGUGCGCACCUUCUUUCAACCAAUAAUAUUAGUGAGCUGACUUCAAACACCAGAUGAUAUUGGAAAACGUGCAACGCAGGGCUACAAAAUUUAUAUUAAAUUAUCCUGACGACCUCAAUUACAAACAGCGCCUCCUUAAGUUAUCCCUGUUACCUUUGGAGUACAGAAGAGAUUUGAAAGACACGAUUAUUUUAUUCAAACACAGACUAGGCUUAGUAGUUCUAGAUGCAUCCCUCCUUACAACAGUACUCUGUCCAAAAUCGUGUAAUUACCCGGAAUGUUUCCUCCCUGAAUUAUACAAGACAUAGCGAGCAACUCAAAAUUACAAAAUACUCCUAUUUCCACCGUGUCGUUUCCACCUGAAACUCACUACCACUAGAUAUCAAAAGUUCAACCAACUCGGUAACUUUUAAAAAAGCUAUCUCAGAUUAUCACACGAUGAAACGUGAUUCUUAUAUUCCUCCUGACGAAAGACGCACAUACACUUAACUAAUUUUAGACUAAAUACUGUAAUCUAUCCUACUAAUUUAAUAAUAUUUUAUCAUGUUUUUUUAGCCAUCAGGGGUUUGAUGUCAAUUGGGGCUUUGCCCUGUUUCUUUCUCCUGUUGUCACUGUAAAGCUCGGAUAACUAAUUUAAUAAAUUCGAAUUAAUAAAUUCAGCCAACCAAUCAUAUUUAAUCAUAGGAUUCAAACACCCAAUCAAUUUUAAGAAAAAUGUGAUAUGGCAAAUAAGCAAAACAAAAAAGUUACAUAUGUCAUGAUAUUACUCUUGAUUGCCCAUAAAAACAAAAAAUAUAGAUAGCUACAGUAAACUAUCAAAGGAGACAUAUUAAGAACAUAUAUAUAUAAUCUUCUAUUAAACACGGUCAACUGAAAUGCCAACGAAAACAAAUUUAAAGGUUAAGCUUCAGGCAAAACAAUUAGUCCGUGUGCCUAGAAAACGAUUUUCAUUUAGCAUGUCUUAGAUCUGAAAUAUUUUUACGGGAAAUAACACUUUCGAACAAGCUGAGUUCAAAUCCGAAAAGUUAUCGCUCCGUAUAGACCCGCAGUUUUCUCUGCUGUUUUAUCUUCACUAAUUUCACAGCAAAUUUUUUCAUUGUUCAACGACACGGAUCGAUGACGUCACUCAGAAAGCUGAGAAAUAAUCCUUACAUGCGAUCAAAAUGUUUUAUACAUGCACUGAUGUAAAACGGUAAUCUUUAUUGAUAUGUAAUGGACAGCAUUUAAAUUUCCAACACAGUUUCCGAGACAUAAUUCAAGAGAUAACUUAUCAUUGCAUUUGAACUAUACUAACUAUUACAGUUGGUGUUAUGCUGUGCGAUAAGCGAAUAUUAUUGGAAAGAGGGCUUCCAUACGUUGAAAUCACCAAAUAAACAGCUCAUGCACACAUUUCUCCACUUCGUCGCAAGUUUACAGAGCAGAUUUUAUACUUUGGGACUGAUCUUUGUCUUUGAUGUGAACAUUUAUUCUUCUACACGGCAAAAAACGCCGAGCCCGCUGCUUAACAGGAUUGAACAAUGUUUUGCUGCCCAUGUUGUUCACACUUGUCAACAAUAUUGAACAAUAUUGUUGAACCUGAAUCGGGUGUAACAAUAUUGUUCAAUAUUGUUGACAACUGUGAACAAUGUGGGCAGCACAACAUUGUUCAAUCCUGUUUUCAUCAAUAUUGCAACAACCAGCUCGAGCCAGCUGAUCGUUUUUUUUUGCCGUGUAUAGUUUAAGUUUAUUUAAGAUUGAUCCUGUCGUAAGUCUUCUAUACCAGCAACCAAUCGACAAUAUUUUAUUUUAGCGUUGUCUUUGCCUUCCUUUGUUAAAAGAAGACUGGUUAAUAGAAAUUGGUCCUUUUGAGUGACUUAAUUUAAUCGUGUAUCGUCAUCCAUCUGUAUCGUUGAACAAUAAAACAUUUUUUCGUGAAAUUAUUGAAGAUAAAAUAGCAGUUUGUGAGAAAACUCCGAGUCUACGGAGCGGGAACUUUUCGGAUUUGAACUCAGCGUGCUUGAAAGUGUUAGUUCCCUUAAAAAUAUUACAGAUCUAAGACAUGCUAAAUGAAAGUGAACGAUAUCGGGACGCAGCGAACGGCCUAAAUUAGGUUAGAUUCGCCCAUCGUUUUUCUGAUUUUAAACGCACGAAACUGCACCAAAACUCUAUCAAAUCACUCGUAAAACCUAUACUGAUUUGUCUCUUAUUCUUUUGAUUAAUGUCUUCAUUUCUUUAACAUUUUUGCAGUAUUUUGAACUUAUAAAAUACAAUUUGAAUUAUUGUUGCUAUGCUACAGCACUCAUGCAGGGAGGUACCGGAGGUCUGUCUUUUGCAACCAAAAACGUUUCAAAAUGAGUAUAAUAAAGUGGAAAUUGAACUUGCGUGAUUAGAAAAUCGCACAACCGCGAAGCGGCAGUGCAAUUUGUAAUCACAAGUUUGAUUUCAGUCCACUCAGUUCAAUUUAUACCAUUAGAGCCUGGGUACGAGGUUGCACAUAUUUUUCUUGCCAACCUUGGGGAAAUAAUAUACAUAAUGAUGCAACGCUACCUUUUCGGGAGAUGUAUAUGAUAGAGCUUUGUUUUCGUGAUUGAGACGUUAACUAUAAAUGUCACAUACACGUAAACGAGGCUCUGUAGCCAAAGUACUUUCCGGAAGGGUGUAUUUCACAAGUUAUAUUCUUACUAUGUGUGUUGAUAUGUGUUUGACGGUCAGCACGAUAACUCAAAAACUACCAAACGUAUUAAUACGAGAAUUUGUGAAACUAAUGGACAUUGCCGAAGGAUAAAUAAUUUAAAGCAAAUUUUGGUUGAAUUUGGAUGAAAAUGGGAGGAGAAAUUAGCAAUAGUUUGUCACGCAUUGCCGGGAAGAGUAAACUGAAUGAUCAAUUAGCCCAUUGUAUAAUUUAUACAUGACACAUAACUUAAUUCGCUGGCGGAGGUACACUGUAUGCAGUCUCCGAGUGCCCUCUAAUUUUAAAUUACUUUUGUUCUUCUUGCAUUCACUUUCAGUCACCAAAUUAUACGUAAUGCAAUUUAAGUUUCACCUAUUCUAAAUGUAAUAUUUUUUGUUUAUAUAGAUGAUUUUAGUAGUCCAGUGGUCAAGCGUUCGAUAAUGAAUAAUUCUGUUCCGACGAGUGCUUCUUUAAUUUCUCACAAAUACCUGCAAACUGUAUAUGUUGUUGAUCAAUAUCUUUCGGCAAAUCUUGGCCAAUCUACUUUGGAGAAAUUACUUCCGACGCUUGCUAAUACAGUACGUUUUAGUUAUUUUAUUUUACGUCAAUAUAAAUGGUAAUCAAAUAUUGCAUGGCGGGUUUCAGUGAGGCUGCAGGGGAGCAGAUGGUGGUGACGAAUUGUGAUUAUAUACCACCAAAAUACAAAACUUUACUAUAUCUAUAUAUGACAAUGGCGUGAUUUUAAAAUAAAGUCGUGAGAGCACGAAAAAUAUGAGGGAAUUUGGAAACCGGGUUUGUAUCUGGUUAGGACGAAGCGACCGGUUUUUUUUAUAGUGGCCGGAAAACACACUAUAUGGAUAUUAAACACUAGGUCAAAACCGAGGAAAGCCAUCAAACGAAUUUUUUUAAUAAAGCUUUUUCAAUACUUCCUGACUCGAAAAUAAUGUUACGAACAUGCAUGCACUUGAAUUAACAGUACUAGAAUAACACUAUAAAACGACAAGAGUAAACUACAGAAAACAGUACGAAAACAGCGUGUGUUCCAGACUUCCAGUCCACUACAGUACUAUAUAUACACCUUAUUUUUUCCACUUUAAUGACUUUUGGCUGACCACCAUCUGUUGAACGAUGGUGCACAAUUGAAUGCUGGGAUGCAUGUUUGGAUAUAAUUCACUGUGUCAGUGCAUGAGCUUACAAGUCAGUGCCAUAAGUCCUUUUGUGAAAUUCAUGCAAAAUACAGCUUUGCAAAUUUAGAGUGAACUAUACUUUAAUUCGAUAACAAUCAAAUUCAUAAAAGCUUAUAAGAUGUUUUGUAAGGAAAAUAAGUUGUUGUUACUAUAAAAUGUAUUCAUUAUACAAUGCAUUUUAUUUCACAUCAUGCAUACAAAAUGAAUGUAUACAGCUAUUGAUCAACAUUGUGCAAAAAGGAAAAUAUAAAUUUCCAUCUAUACCGGUAGAUGGCUGCGGCGUUAGACUUUACGUCCCAAAGCACGAUCUAAGAACCUGAGGACUUAUAUUUAUAAAAAAGUCACUAAUAUAAAAUUAACUUCAAAAAUUCUUCUCUUUAUUAAUUGCAGGUCGCUGGACGUUUCAGGGACAGCAGCUUUGGUUCAAUAAAAUUAAACUACGUAUUGAACAAGAUUAUUUUCCUAAAUAACGGCGAGGUACAAUGUUACUUGUUACGCAACUUCAAUGUUCAAUCAAUAAUUACUCGCUGGGGCACUCUGUGCCCUGGCGAGUAUAGGUUUCGGCACGCAUUUUUAGUGGAUCAGCAAUAGUGGAUCAGCAAUAGUGGAUCAGCAAUAGUGGAUCAGCAAUAGUGGAUCUCCAAUUUUCUUCGAUAGCCACAAAAUAGAAUAUUAAUGAGCUGCCUAAUAUCAAAAUGGCGGCCUUUCGUGGAGUGGGCAAAAUAUUUCAAACAAUUUCGUUAAAAUUUUCAACGAAUUGUACCUGUUUUUUAUGGAUUUUGCAUUGUGUCUAACUCUAGACAUUCUUGCUAGUUUAGUUGAUGCAUUUUUCUUGGUGCACGGCUCUGAAAAUCCGAAAUUUGGAUCGUCGAAUUCCCAUGCACGAUCAUAAUAUUCAUAUAAUAUACUGAAUCUGGAUAUAAACGAGCCAAAGGCAAUUAAGACAAUUUCAAGGUAAAAGGUUAUAACUUACAAUAAACUACACAACGUAGUUUUAAUAGAUAACUACUUUAUGAGAAGCAUAUUAGUGUCAUAUCAAUAUAAAAUUUAUCCAACAACAGUCUCUAUUAAAUAGUUAUUAGUUAAUAGCUGUGGAAACGUGAAAACUGUAGUGACUAGUGUGAAAUAUAAUGUAUUCGUAAUGCCUAAUGGCGCAAUAAGGAUAAAAAUACCAACGUUCGAUUCAGCGUAAGAAAUUGUACUUACGGAUGUCAAAUGUAUUACUAAACAACAGUAUUCUAGCGAUUUAUGGCCAUUCAAAAUCAAGCGAAAUUGUAUUGUUUACAAAUCGCUCGCAGAACGUUUUCACUGUGUUGAUACUCACUCGCAGUACGUUUGUCCUUGACCUUGUCCAGUUAUAUUAUUUAAUGCCUAAUGGCGCAAUAAAGAUAAAAAAUACCACUGUUCGAUUCAGCGUAAGAAAUUGUACUUACGGGUGUCAAAUGUUGAUAUCACUAAACAACAGUAUUCUAGCGAUUUAUGGCCUUUAUCUUUAAAAUCCAAGCGAAAUUGUAUUGCGAACGAAUCGCUCAAAACUAUUCAACUAAUUAUAAAAAAUGCAGUACGUUUGAUCCUUGAUAACUUUGGUAUCGUUUGAGCCCAAAAUAUUUUAUUUUGAACGUAAUUUUAUUUUGAACGCGCAGUUUAAUCCUAGCCGGUGGAAACGCCGGAAGUUUUAUUUGUAUGUCUGAUUGUAUAAAAUCCUGAACUGGGUCAUUAUAUUAACAGAAACUUCAAAACUGAGCCUCCUACCUGCAAUACAAACCUAGCCAAUUUGAGAGCGGCAGCACUCUCCCUUUGACAAGCAAAAUCGACUGGUAUGAGACAUUAAACUAAUAAAGUAGAGUGCAUGAUUGCAUUGGGGCACAAUGCAAGUUCGUGGGAUAUAAAUAACAAUAUUAUAACAUGGUAUUCACCUAAAUAGACAGAGCAGUGUUAUAUGUUGAUAUAGUUCAAAACAGAGUGAACAAAACUGUAACUGAAAAGUUUAAUCUUCAACCCUUUCGCGCUCGUAUUCGAUUUUUCCGCUUAGCUCGGGACAACCAAGGGACAACCUUAAAUCUAUUAACAACUGUAUGCAUGCAUGUAUCAUAUACGGUAAUGUGCGUGUUUGUAUAGCCCCAGCGAGUUAACGCUCUAUAGAGCGUCUAGUUUUGUUAUAAAAUAGUGCAAAUAUUUUCCUUGUUCCAGUUCUUCUAGGGGCCAAAAAGAUACGUGGCAAUAGACUUCUGUAAAAUGGCGUUUAUUAGAUUUAAUUAACACUUAAUAUUAGAGUACUGGAACAUAAGUGUGAUGUAAGACCUACGAAAGUUUCGUCUUUUGUUCACCCUGCAAACCGCUGCUAACGCCUGCACUCUAAAAGAUCACUCACAGUCACCCUUAAGUAACAUUCAAUUCAAGUGAGGACGUGAGGUACACUCAAGAGGGAUUGAAGUGCGAGUGAAGUAUUAGUCUUAACGCUCCACUCGCUGGGGGAGCACUCAUUCUCUAAAACAUCUUGUUCAUUUGUACGUAUUCAUAUAUGUAGCUCACUCGAUUGCGACUUGUCUGAGUCUAUAAUAGCACUUGUCGUUUCUUAUUAGUGUUGUCAGUGGUUUCACAUGUUUUACUAGAAUCAUAGCAUUUACAUAUCUGUACGGUCAGUUGCACCCACAAAGGGAAGUCACUGAGUUUAGUUCUUCGCAGCAAAUACCAUGGACGAAAUCUAAUGUAUUCCGGCAUUUGAUGACACGACUUUCUAAUAUAGCUGUGCAGGGAAAUUUGCACAAGUUUCCACAUUCUAAUUGGAAUGUACCUGUUGCAUAUACGGACGUGUCAAAGAAAAUUGAAUAUCUGCAAAGACGUUCACUAUGAAUGCAGAUAUAUUCCGCCCGAUUAUAUCAAUUACGAAAACCAUCAUGAAUCAAAAACAGCAUCGACACUCAAGGCAAGCUCAGAUUGAACCUCCACUCUUUGAGUGUGAGUGAGCUUUUAGAAUUCAGGCAAGAAUCUCAUACUGAGUGAGGAUGAGUGAAGACUCAUUGAAUGUUGAGUUUCACUUAUUGAGACUCAUUGAAUGUGAGUGUGGGGGGAGCUUUUAGAUUAAUACAGGCGUAAGUGUUAACGUUAUUUAAAACCAUAAACCUCGAACGCCCAUAUAUAUCUAACGCCACUUUUCUAAUACACGCCCCCUCUUAUAUACCCCUAACCUUACUUAUCUUAUAAUUUGUUUUCUUAAACUUGUAGUUGUCAUACGCUGCAAAUGCUUCAACAUAUACUAAAUUGAAUGAUGUCAGACAAUGGGCGGCAGCAAACAAUGUUGAAUCAGAUCAAGACCCUGAUCAUUUUGAUACUGUAACACUUCUAUCAAGGUAAUCAAUCUUCUUCUUCAUGCCGUAACGUUUCAAUCAUUCAAGUACUAUAAUAAUUAUGGAUUAUUUCAAUCAAGUACUAGUCUGUUUUUAAUAAUAAAUCCUGCUUACCUAACUAGUUUUUAAAGUAACAAACAUAAUUCGGUCCUUGGACUGGAUCAAAAUUAAUUCUCCCCAAUUUAAGUGGUGAUUUAUUCGUAUGAGAUGUCAUUUCAUCAAAUUGCGCGGACUUGAAAUCUAGUCCAGUCCUCAUAGUCGGAUUUGAAAUAUUACAUGCAUAUAUGAAUUAAUAUUUCAUUUUUCGCUGAAAUAGUAGUAUCGCUAGUGUUAUUUUGCGCACCUAUGACCUUUGAGAAUUAUUGAAUUAUAAUACUGCAUUGCGCGAGUUUGAAUUCAGUAAGGUAUAUCUAAAAUACAUCGUCAUGUUAAAUACAAGGCCUUGUCUAAUACGUACCUGUAUACAUUUAGAUUUUAGAAGUUAAUCGUAAUUUUCCUAAUUUUGAAACUAAUAACCGUUUUUUAUUUUCCCAUUUAGUGGAAAAUUAGGAGGUAAGUUAUAUGCUUUUUAAUUAAUUAAUUAAUGAUUUGUCAUGAGUGGCGAGCAGAUCAAUUAUUUGCCGAUGCCGAAGGCAGAGACAAAUAAUUAAUCUGCGAGCCACUGACAAAUUGCGAUAUUUUGCGAUAACCGAGUUCAAUAUUUUUUUUUUACUUGUUCAUUUUCAUUUACUUAUUUAUCAUUUACUUAUUCAUUUUCGAAAUUUUGUGGCCGUCACGAAAUCUGUACAACAGCAAUAUCUUAAAAUUUCAUUGUUGUGGAUUAUAAUUUUAUAUACACAAUAAAUUGCUUUUCAAAAAUCUUAAAUGCGCAUGCGUAAAUCGAUAUUUUGCAAUUGAGAAUUGAUCUCAAAAGUGCGCAUGCUCAGACCAUUAUUUGCACCAGUUAUAUGCAGCUGGCCUAUUAUUCUCACCGGUUAUUUGUACGAAAAUUAGCCAAUCAACGUCGAGAAAAUGAACAAGUAAAUGAUAAAUAGAAUAAAUGUACACGUUUUUAUACUCGUAUAGUUAAAGACCAUGUCAAGUCCGUAAUGUAAACAAAUCCUUUGUUUACAUUUUGAACUGUUAUAUUUGUAAAAUAAAACAUACUAACUGAAUAUCUAACACUUUUCUGGUUCGCUAUUGUAAAUUAAUAUAAACUAGAGUACGCUUCAAUUCAAAAAAGUUCGAAAGAUGCAAAAUUUGGGCAAUGUUUAUACCAGUGGGUCCCCCUUUGUUAUGUGUAGUACUGAUGCGCAGAACGGACUUGACAUGGUCUUUAACUAUUCGUACACAAAAGAAAUAUAGAAAUAAUAACGGAUCAACAAUGGAUCUUGCAGCACUGCAGCGGCCCAUAAAAUGAACAUAUAACUGAGGAUUUCAAGUAAAGUUGACUUCAAUAACUUGCAAGAAAGUCAAUUUAAAUACUUUUGAUGUAAAGUUGACUUCAAUAACUUGCAAGAAAGUCAAUUUAAAUACUUUUGAUGGUAUGAAUGGAAGGACAAAAAGAAUACAUGGGAAAUUAAGCAGUAUAGUUAAGAAAGUGAGAAAACAGGAAGGAAAAAUAAAAGGAAGAAAGCAAGGGAAAUGAAUGAAAUAUGCAAAGUAAGGAAAUGGCAAUGAAACAAAAGAAGCGAGUGUGGACGGAAGGAUCGAAGGAAUGGAGGAAAGAAGAAGAGAAAUCUGAUAAAUUAUAGGAGCAAUAAUGGAUAAUUACAAAAAACUAGUUCGUUUUUAUGCUUACAGAACAUUUGUUUAAGAGGAGUUUUUAUAUGUUACGUAACAAGAACGCACUCAAAACAUGCAACGAGUAUUAACAUACUACUUGGUUAUGACUACAUUCAUAUACUUUUUAAUUUUUAUAUACGUUUCCCAAUCGGAAAUCAAAUAUACUUAGUACUUCUUCUGUAAAAUAGUACUAAAAUGAAGAGUACGCCAAGAAGAAAAUGAAGUUUCAAGUUCAACAAGUUUUGCUUAUAUUCUGUAAAUAUGGCGUAAAUUAUCGUGACGUUGAAGGACCUUGAAGCAUCGUUGAUAAUUUAAUGUAUUUUUAUUUACAAUUUUUUAUUAUUAUUUUAUAUUUCCCAACCGAUACAACAAGAUACAUUUAAAAAUAUAGCUAACUGUAAACACUAGAAUAAAGCUAAAACAAAGUAAUUUUGAGAGGAACGCCAAAACGAUUUUAUAGAUUCUGAACGCAUUUAUUUCAUCGCAAAUAUAUUUCUUAAAGUUCAAGAAUGUCAACCAAGAUCACUACAGUAUAAUGACGCAGUGUUUAUUAACUUGUCAUAGGAAGAGGUGUUCUGGGAACAAUAUGUACAAGUUCCUCGACGGCGAAUGUGGUUAAUUUGGCCGGUCUCAACACUGCUGCUACAAUUGCACACGAAGUAUUUCAUAAGUGA